UACAUCAUCUACAAAAGAAGAGAAAAAAUAUAUCAAUACAAAUAUGAACAAGAUAUUCGAAAAACCAUUUAUUCCCAAAAAACAAAACCUCACAUUUGUACCACCUCAAUUAAAUACCUAUAAGGAAAGCUUAAACCAGGACAAAAAGACCUAUAACCAUAUAACCAGAGCAUAUAUAGAAAAUAUCCACAAAAUACAAACCUUUUUAAAUAAAAACCCCAGAUCAAAAACUACCCAAAACCCACAUGAAGACUAUAUUACCCAAGCUUUGCAAGGAUAUAAUAAACUAAUAGCCUUACCAAAAACAAAUGCAAACCUAAUAGCAACUUGCUAUAAUUACGGACUAUUGAAUACAGUAUAUACCCAAACUGGAGAUGAAAUAGCUACGAUACCAGAGUUACAUAAAGCAUUCAUGAAUUAUAAGAGAAUAACUAAAGGAACUUUGUUUUAUAUAAAGUUUUAUUCAGCACCAGCAGAAAUACUUUAUGACGAGAUAAAACCAAUUAUACAAGUUAUAAAAAUUGGACUAACUAGAGAAAUGAUUAUACCGGAAAAAAUAGAGGAACAAGAGGAAAUACAAAAAGUAGAGAUACCAGCAUUUUAUGCAGGGAAGAGAGUUAUUGGAAUAGCUACUAUACUAAAUGAGCUAACAUCAAAUUAUUUGAACAACAAUGCAAUAUGGAGUUAUUAUUCACGAGAACAAACAAUGAUAUACUCGAAUUGUCGAGAAUUCAGAGCAACAGAUAUGGAAGAACUCAGGCAAUGGGCAUUAAGUCUGUUAAAACCUGCUGAGCAACAACCUACAACAAGAGCUAUAAGGAAGGACUUUAUCUCAUCGGAAAUGAUGACCAGAUACUGUAAAACUAUUGGCCAUAAAUAUCCGGAUCACCAAUGUUCAAAAUGUCAAGGCGAAGAUAAUGUGAUUCCAGACGUACAGCUGGAGUAAAAAUAAGAAGCGACAGUCCGACAAGAUAAAAAGAAAAGCUAUAUGGAGCUACUUUAUGGAAAGAAAAGCUAGCAAGAACGUGUUAAUAUUGUACAAAGAAGUAAAGAAAA